CAUUUGACAUCGCCAUAACAACGGCCUGCUUGGGUAUGCAUCUAUGGCUGCGUCGUCAUGGCAGGCGAAAUUCAGAGUCACACGGAUGAGCAGCAAGCAGGCACAAACUAUCGCACACUAGAAAGCCCGACCGGUUAUCAGAAUGACGGCUAGCUUGCAGGCUAACCCCCAGCUAACACUGGGAGGCAGUUGCCUGUUAUGGCUACUGAAACAACAAGGGGGAAAAAGCAAUAGCACAAUUCAGCUGAAGCGUUAGAGGACAUAAAAUGCUACAGAUCAUGUUAAGAGCUUCACCUCUGGUUCCACACUUUGGAAAUGUCACUGGUCCAGCCUCUGUUCUUCACUUCACCUUUUGGCAAAGAGCUAACAGGAUGAGUAAUUUCCUGAAGAAAAGGUCUCCCACUGUAUCUCCUGUUCAGAUCUGUUCUUCUCUCAGAGGAGGCCUACAUGCGCAGUAUGCAUCUCCUCCUUUUCAGGGGUUCAAGCACCUUUAUAAAGCGCGCCUGGGUCAUCUGAAAAGUCAUUGCUUAUGCAAAGAGCGAGUUAAACCAAAUAUUCUCCUCCCACUUCUUGGCUUGCGACUAUGUGGAAAGCUGUGGUGCUGGCUGUGUGUCUGCUUGUGGCUGGUGUUCAGCCCAUGGAUGACCCAACAUAUGGGGUGAAGCUCUGUGGCCGUGAGUUCAUCCGGGCGGUCAUCUUCACCUGCGGGGGUUCACGAUGGAAACGGUCACUCGGGAGUUUAGAUGCUUCAGAGGACCCCUUCACUUCCCCUCAGGAUGAACUCUCAGAGAGCUUGAAUCACAAUUUUGCGGUGGAGAGUCUCCUUCAAAGAAACACGGAUCCAAGCUCCGCAUCCAGAGACAACCAGGAGGGAGUUUUCAGCCGCUCUACCCGUUCAUUCAUCACCGAAGAGAUACUGGAGGCGCUUCGCAAAGCUGACCGCAAAGGCCGCGAUGUGGUCGUGGGCCUCUCCAACGCCUGCUGCAAGUGGGGUUGCAGCAAGAGCGAGAUCAGCUCUCUGUGCUGAGGGUCGAUAUAUGCAAUCUGAGCGCGCCGGCUGCCAGGCAUGUUGUACACCUUAAUAAACAAACAGACACAAAUAUGCACACACACUCUUCUUUAUUCACUUUUUUGUGAAUUUUAUAUCCUGCGUGUGUCUGUUCAGUAAAGUCUGUUUAAUGUCUUUGAUUUUCAGUAUCAAGUGAAUGUUUAUGUGGCCAGUAUGAUGUAUAAAGAGAUACGUUCGUUUUAUGAGGUCUUCGCUUGUUUUCUUUUUACAUUACCAGUAACUUUCUCUGCUGCAACUGAUGAGAGCUCAAGGGAAUAAAAUGCUUUGCUAAAAUCA